GUAUGAAUUAUUCUCCGAUGGUUGUUUUUGACAGGGUAUAUUUAAUCAGCGAGAUAGUAACCCUUAGUACGUGUAUAUUCCUGAUUCUCCGGGCAACUCAAGCUGUCUGUCCGGGGUUAUCUCGGGGUCCCAGCUAUACCAGGAUAGAAGCCACGGACAUCAGCAUGGCAAUUUUCGUUUUGAUUUGUGUGUUUCUACUGAUUCCGGUUCCAGUGUACGGGAAUAGUGUCAUCAUGUCGCCCAAUUAUCCGAACCUGUAUCCGCCUAACGUCACCAAAACCUACUCCAUUUGGAAUGUAAGCCAGAGUCACGGAGACGUCGUGUCCAUUUCGUUACAAUUUUCGUUUUUUGAGAUGGAACAGUGUACUUCCUGUUCGUGUGACCGUUUGGAGAUUCUCAGGGGCGGAGUGAUUACUCAGACUUUUUGUGGAAGCAUCCUACCUAAUGGUGAUGGACUCGUGCAAGUUGGAGACGGUACUGAGUCCAUUGCUGUCAGAUUUAUAUCUGAUUCCAACUCCAACGUGAAGUCGGGAUUUUUCGCCAAAUAUAACAUCUUUGUCGUACAUCAUCGGACGACGACUUCCAUCGCCACCACGACGUCACUACCUUGCCUGCCUGUUGUUUGUCCUACCUGUCCACAAGAUGAAACAGCUACAUACAGAUAUUAUAAUGACCGUUGUCCAGCAUUCUGUGAAUGCCAGGCUUCCUCACUCCCAACAGAAGCCGUUCCUAUAGGCACUGUGGUUGGCCGAAAUUACCCAAUGGAGAACAAUGAGACGUAUGUUAACCAGGGGUAUAUCAGGACACCCAGCAUGGCACACUAUCCUGGACGCUAUCCUCUAGUCUACACCACUGAUAUCAGGAUCGACCUGGGCCAGGACCACAUCUUCAAGGACAAAAACGUGAAACUUACGUUUCUUCAUUUCGACAUAGACCAUUGUAAAUAUGGGUAUGACGGCAAGACAUGCCGCUGUGACUACCUCACGUUCAUUAACGUCAAAGGCCUGGAAAACACACGACUGUGUGACAGUAACAACAUCUCACUCAACCAGACAUACACCUUCCGAGCUGCCAGUAGGUCAGACAGGUACCUGGAGUUAACUUUCAAAUCGGAUACUUUCCUUGUGCUGACGGGUUACGUGAUACGGUAUGAGGUUGCGGACGGGAACAUGCCCACGUGCCAAGAUGUUGACCAGGUCUGUGCUAGUACCCACUGUCCUAUGGGACACAGGUACGACUUCGCGGGCUGCCGGAUGUGUGACUGUAUCACCACAACAAUCGCGACUACCACAGUGACCACAACUACGCCUGCACCAACAACUCCCAAGUUGUUCAAAUCGAAGCUGCUCGAACGUAUGAUGGGUCUUAUACACGGAUUGACAUCUCUUUACAAUGAUAUACGAGAUAGCAGAGUUAUAGACUACGCUUAGAUAGUGUGUGACCGAUAAGGCACGUGCAUUAAUUUACAAAAAUGUAGUUUACGUUGUAGUGAUUAUUUAGCAACAUAAUGAUAUAAAUGUUAGUGUCUUAGUACUAUAAACAAAAUCUUUUAAGAAAAUGACAAAUCAAAUAAAGAUUUCUCCCUAUCGUAAA